CAGAGCGUCAAAGUCACCUGGAUACCGGAGCGCGCGCCCGCGUCAACCUCAGCAGCUGUCAAUCACUGCAGACACACAGUUGAGUUAAUUACACAGGACAAAUAUUUCCCCCCCGUGGAUGUUUCCCCAGUUUGUAUGCUGCAUGUAGACAUAAACUAAUACAAGUUUGGAAAAAAGCUUCGAGAGUGGACUAAGCAACGAACAGCUCAGGAAACUAACGGGGUUCCUUUUAUUUGAUGCCAAAUUGUUUAAUAACCUCGUAAAGGAUUGACUGAUCGGAACGGAAACGGCAAAUUUGGUCCAAUUAAAAUGAAUCGUUGGAAAGUCCAUCAAGUUCUCCUGAUACUAUUAUUGGCUGCUUCAGUUGGGUGUGGCCAGGUGCUGGACCACAAGCUCAGUUUGUCCAAUGAGAGGAGCUCUAUAGAGAGAACAUAUGAGCUGACCAAAUACCUGGACCACCAGCUGAAAGAAAUCAGAAACACUUAUCUGUCAUAUCUUGGACCUCCGUUCAGUGAUCCCGGCUUCUCCCCUCCGCGUCCCAACAGCUCCUCUUUAUCCGUGCCCAGUGCGGCCACACGGGUGGACUUGUGGCGUGGGCUGGAGAACGGUGCCCGCUUGGCACAGAACCAGCGUGCAUACAGUGUUCUUCUCUGUGCCGUGAGGGAGCUGGCACGCUCCACCUUGUGCCCAUACCUCCAGAGCUCCCUCCUCCACUUCUGCUCCGGCCUCAGCGGGUUACUUGGCUCAAUAUCAGGGCUGAUGAAUUCCCUAGGCUACACCUUGCCUCCCCAUGGCAACUUACCACUCUCACCAGGAUAUGCCACCCCUGCUCAAGGAUACGCCCCACCCCUGUCGUCACAGUAUCAGGGAGUGGGCGAGAACAGCCCCGCCCCUCUACGGAGUCACAUUCCUCGAAAGCAAGGUGGUCAGACCACAUCGGGCGUUAAAGAGGGAACGAGUCAGGGGAAUAUAAAGCGGGUCAGGGAAAGGGGUAGGAGAGGAAGGAGAAGAGAACGAGAGAGCUGGGUAGCCAGAGAGGAGGGCGAGAAGGAGGAAGGAAUGGAGAGAUGGGGAAAGAGGAGAAGAUUGUUAAGUGUUGAAGAUGAGACGUCAACAAAACUGAACUACAACAAAAACAUCAAUAACAACAAUAUGAACUACACAACUCUCAAAUUCGGAGAUGGAGAAAUAAGCCAGAAGCAGCCUGUACUCUUUUCCUCGCCAUCUCUCCAUCCUCAUCGCUCUAUGCGUUCGGAACCAUCCUCUCAUCCCGGUCUCUCUCCGCUCUCCCUCCUCUAUCAGUAUGGAGGGCCGGCCGCCGAGGUUCACUCUUUGUUGCCGGCCCCUGUGCUCUCAUCAAAUCCUGUCCCUAAUGAUUUUUCACGGAAGGUGGAGGGAUUCUGGGUGCUGCGAGAACUGCAGAGCUGGCUGUGGAGGUCAGCAAAAGAUUUCACCAGACUGAAGAAACGAUUACGCGUUUGAGAAAAAAACAAGGCUUUGUUCCAAAACCAAGUGAGCUGCCUCGCUGUCUACUGCCUUCUAAAGCCAGGUGCACACUGUUUGAUUUAAAUGCCACAAUUUUGCCGUCUGAGACACAUUUCGGGAUCAUAAAAGAUAGUUUGACAUUAGCAUGUUGCUAAGCUAACAUUGUAAUGCUCUAAUAAGCACAAAAUGCCCAGAACACAGACAUACUAGGUGAAAAUGUAUUUUAUUUGAAUUAGAUUGAUCUAUUUUUUAUAGUUUAUACAUCUUUCAAAAAGUUUCUAAUUGGAAAAUUUCAGGACUGAAUGAGAUUCUGAGCAUAUUUAUUAUUAACAUUUACACAUUUUCACUGAGCUUGUUA